AUGGCACGGCUCCUCUGGUACCGAGGUGAAGAGUGGCGAGAAGUCUGGGACUACUGGUUCAAGUGGACCCACGAGCACCUCACAUCCGACGACCUUCGCCCGAUGAUAUAUACCUACGAUGAGCUCGGCGCCAAAGCACUGGACAGACUGGAUGAGAUAUCACCUCCGGUGAAACCCUCAACCACUCCCAGUGAGAAGGUAGACACUCCUCAGGACGCGAAAUCGCACCGAGACUUGUAUGCUCUAUUGAGAGACAACGCAGACGCAGACGAGGCCUUAGGGAAGUUAUGGACUGAAAUCAAUACCGUCCCGCCAUGGGUCGACUGGGCCCAGAUUGAACGCGGACAGCAAGUAUUCCUCCGAUACGCCGGCCCAGCCAUAUUUGCUCACAUCCUCCAAGUCACCCGCGACCUCCCCUCCAUCCAACCGGGAGGCGAAGGCCACGCCUCCUCCGUCAGAGUCCGCCUCCUCCACGCCGCCGUCCGGCGCCGCAUCCUCCUCCUCGCAAGCCAGAAGCCCUCCUACUACGACGUAGCAGCCUACGGCGUUCCCGUAAACGACCUAGACUCUAUCGGCACCAUCUCAACUUUCUCUUCAACCCUCCUCUGGAUCGGCCUCCCGCGGCAGGGGAUUUACCUAAAGGACAGCGAAAAGGAAGACUACCUCGCCUUAUGGCGCUACGUAGCCUACAUCAUGGGCACACCCACCUCGUCCUUCUCCACGCUCACAAGGGCCAAGGCGACAAUGGAAACCCUCCUCGCCUCCGAGAUCCAGCCCUCCGACACCUCGCGCGCCCUCGCCAACAACGUCCUCACGGGCCUCGCGGACCAGCCGCCCUCGCACGUGUCGAGGGAGUUCCUCGCCGCGGAGACGUACUGGCUCAACGGCGCCAAGCUCGCGCGCGCGUUGGCGGUUGAGAGGCCGCCGUUUUAUUACUCGCUUCUUAUACUGGGACAGUGUCUCUUCUUUAUGUUUAUGUGUUAUUCUCGACGUAUGUUUCCCGGAUGGGAUGAGUCUAGGAAUAAGAACCUCCAAAAAGCCCUCUUCAACCUAACAGUCCACAAACCCGAGCUCGGCGCCCUAGGCAAAGAAACAACCUUUGAAUUCAAGUACAUCCCGACCCUGGACGUCAUGUCCACCGAGGCAGCGGCCCGAACCCAGCAGCAACAACACCCGGGCACACUAACCCAUGAACCCGGCUCCACCGCCGCAGCUGCAAAGACUGAAGGCGCGGGGGCACGAACAGGAGCACGAGCAGGAGCAAGCACCCGCCGCGUGCGCAGCAACGAACGCCGGAGCCUCAUGACCCUAAGCGUGGCCGUCACCGUGGGCGGUCUGCUCGCCUGGCUUGGGAUCCGCGGGGCUUCGGCGCUGGUGGUGAGGGUUCUUUGA